UAAUAAUGUUGUCCUUGUUUGACUUCAAAAGACAGUUUCAGCUGUGUUUGUGCUCUGCUAGGAGGCAUCAUGGGGAGAACUGUGGUGCAGCUCACCCUCAUUGGGCUGCAGCUGGCUUUGGCUUCCACACUGCCAAACAAGGAUGACUGGGACAUCUACAGCUUUCACAUCAACUCCACAGUGACCAGUCGUUAUGCCACCACUGUCAUCACAAGCCGUGUGGUCAAUCGUAUGGACGAGUCAAAGGAAAUUGAAUUCCAUGUUCGGAUUCCCAAGAAUGCCUUCAUCAGUAAAUUUCGAAUGUUUAUCGAUGGCCAAGUUUAUGAUGGUGUUGUGAAAGCUAAGGAGCAAGCUCAGCAGCAGUACACUGAAGCUGUGUCACGUGGUGAAAGUGCUGGACUUGUCAGUUCUGUAGGAAGGACUCUGGAGGAAUUUAAGACCUCUGUAACUGUGGCUGCUCACAAAAAGGUCACUUUUGAACUCACAUAUGAGGAACUGAUGAAACGCACACAUGGCAAGUACGAGCUGCAAAUUCAUGCUCGACCCAUGCAGCCUGUCAAAGACUUCAAGGUGGAUGUGUACAUUCACGAGGAAGCUGGCAUCAAUUUCAUUGAUGUGAAAGGAGGCCUGAGCACCAAAGCCCUCGCUAAUGCCAUCACCAAAACACAUGUUAAUAAACAGGCAUGGGUGUAUUUCUAUCCAACAGUGGAUCAACAGACAAUGUGUGACAACUGUGGAGAGCAGGGUAUGAAUGGAGAUCUGGUUAUUGUUUAUGAUGUCAACAGGAACAAUGAAUUGGGAGACAUCAAGAAAUCUGCUGGUUACUUUGUUCAUCACUUUGCUCCAUCCAAUCUUCCCCGAAUUUCCAAAAAUGUCGUCCUUGUUAUUGACAAAAGUGGCUCAAUGCAAGGCAGAAAAAUAGAGCAGACUAGGAUCGCAUUAAUCCAUAUUUUGAAUGACCUGGCAGAAGAUGACCAUUUUGGUUUGAUCACUUUUGAUGGCAACAUUUUUCCCUGGAAAUUGGAACUUGUUCAGGCCAACAGUAAAAAUGUGGAAAGCGCCAAAAACUUUGCACGCAACAUUCAAGCUGGAGGAAACACAGACAUCAAUCAAGCACUGCUGCAAGGAGCAAAUAUGCUGAACACGCAUGACAGAGAAGGUUCAGCAUCAAUCCUUAUACUCCUCACAGAUGGACAGCCAACCACAGGGGUGACAAAUCUGGAGAAAAUACAGUCAAAUGUAAGACAGGCUGUUGCAGGCAAAUUCCCACUGUACUGUCUGGGUUUUGGUUUUGAUGUUGAUUUUGAGUUCCUUGAGAAAAUGUCGCUGCAAAAUAACGGUGUGGCACGACGGAUUUAUGUAGACUCUGAUGCUGAUUUACAGCUGAAGGGUUUCUAUGAAGAGGUGGCAACUCCUCUGCUGACAGAUGUGACAAUGAUCUAUGUGGGUGGGACCAAUCUAACCCAGACUAACUUCAGUCACUAUUAUAAUGGUUCAGAGAUUGUGGUGGCCGGUGAGAUCACAGAUAAUAACAUUGAAACCUUCACACUUCAAGUUGUGGCCAUUUCGAGUAAUAGAAGGUUAGUAUUUUCUGACCCAAAUGGCAUUGUGGAAUCUGGUGGAAGUGUGUCUGAUGACCUUAUCCAGAGAGUUUGGGCCUACCUCACAGUUAAACAGCUUCUGGACAAAGAGCUCCAGUUAUCUGGACCUGAGAAAGAGCAAGUGAAGAAGGAGGCUUUGAGGCUUUCACUGAAGUACAGCUUUGUGACGCCGCUCACAUCUAUGGUGGUCACAAAGCCUCUGGGAGAGACCAUACAUGUGCUUCAUAAACCUAAGGAAUGUGAAGCACCGCAGAGUAUGAAGCCCCCUGGACGUCAGUCCAUUUCAAGACACGGUGGUACUUCUACUCGUCACAGGAGUGAUAAUGUUGCAACAACUAUAGACCCUGCUGUUGAGAGAGCCUUUGAGAGCUGGUUCUCCUCACUUGAUCCAGGAGAAAUAGUAGAUAUUUAUCAAUUUUUUACUGAAGAUAGAGGAUUUUACUUUGCCAAGCCAUCUCAAUCCCGCAAAAAGCGACCUACUGUAAAAGAAAUUCUCCUUGAUGUAUUCGUAGAACAUUAUUCACUUCAUGGCGAUCCUCUGCAAGCAACUGAUGCUCCUCUUCUCCACAGGUUUUUGUUAAAAGCUGAGAAUCAGACUGUUCCGCUGUGCUUUGAUGUCAGUGGUGCUCUCAGCCUUAAACUUCUUCAUCAUCCCAGCAGGGAGCUGUUUGUGAAUGGUGAGCUUGAUUCAGUUGCAAACAGAGGUUUCAAGAGAAUUUUCAUACACUUCAAAACUAACCAGCAUGUUGAGAUUGACACCAAAGGGGUCACUGUACGAGAUGGACAGACAGAAACACAUCACACUGGACAGGAUCUCGUCACUGCUGGAAGUGUCACAGUGAUUAUGCGCAACAAUGAAAUAGACAUUGCAGCAGGAGACGUGCGCCUGGUUAUUUUAGUUCAUGAGAAGAACAGCAUUAAAUUCCUUUGGCCAGUUUUAAGACAGCAUCCCUCGGCCAACAACACUGAUGGACUUUUAGCUCUAAAGUCAGUGGUUUAUGAGAAGGUACAACAAGUUCCGGCUACAAAACUAAAGAUUAAAAACCAGGAGAUCAAUGUUACCAAUGGCAAUGCCAGUGACUAUAGCAUUGCCUCUCCUCUCAUGAUGAACUGCUGGCUCACAUCUGCUGACUCUGCCUUGCAGAGACCACUGGCCGAUUUCGUUGUUCCACAACUUUAACUGGAAACUGUGAGAACAUAUUUUAUUUGAGAAGAGACUACGGAAAAUACUUGCAACACCUGUUUCCAGCAUGAACAAAUAAAAAUAUCAUGGAUUGUU